CAGGCCAUGGAAACAGGAAAUUACUCCACCGUGACUGACUUUAUCCUCGCAGGAUUAACAGAUCAGCCAGAACUUAAGUUCCUCCUUUUCUUCUUAUUCCUGUGCAUCUAUGUGACCACUGUCGUAGGAAAUUUAGGCAUGAUCACACUGAUUGCGUUCAGUUCCCACCUUCACACCCCCAUGUACUAUUUACUCAGUUGUUUGUCCUUCAUUGAUCUUUGCCAUUCCACUGUCAUCACUCCCAAAAUGCUUGUUAACUUUAUGUCAAAGAAGAACAUGAUCUCCUACAAUGAGUGCAUGACUCAACUCUAUUUCUUUAUCAUUUUUAUUGUUUCUGAGUGUCAUUUGUUAACAGUGAUGGCAUAUGACCGUUAUGUCGCUAUUUGUAGCCCUUUGUUAUAUAAUGUCAUUAUGUCCUAUCAGGUCUGCUCAUGGCUGUUGGGUGGAGUGAGCAUAAUAGGCUUUCUUGCUGCUACUGCUCAGACAGGGUGCAUACUCAGAUCAUUUUUCUGCAAGGACAACAUCAUCAAUCAUUAUUUCUGUGAUCUCAAUCCCCUCUUAGAGCUUUCCUGCUAUAGUACCUACACCUGUGAAGUGGUCAUUCUAUUCUUUGGUGUAAUUAACAUAAUUUUCCCAAUUCUGACCAUCCUUAGUUCUUAUUUCUUCAUCAUUGCCAGCAUCCUCCGUAUCCAAUCGACAGAGGGAAGAUUUAAAGCCUUCAGUACCUGCAGUUCCCACAUAAUUGUUGUUUCCAUCUUCUAUGGCUCUGCAGCAUUCAUGUACCUGCAACCCUCCUCGGUUAGUUCUAUGGACCAGGGAAAAGUUUCCUCUGUGUUUUAUACCAUCCUUGUGCCCAUGCUGAACCCUCUGAUCUAUAGCCUGAGGAACAAAGAUGUCAAAGUUGCACUAAUCAAAAUCCUGGAGAGAAAAAAAUUCUGGUGA